UUCUCCCGCGCGUGCGCAGAGCCGAGCCGUGUCUUAGGCGGCCCGUCGCCAUGGCAACGGGGGGAAGCCGUUGGGAAGGAAGGAGCCGUUAAAGGGAGAAGCCGGUUUGGUUGCGUGAAGAAGAGGCUCGGGCAGCCAGGCUUCCCCCAGUAGCAUCUCCUCCUCCGUGAGAGGAAGGAUGGCGAAGACACCUUGAGUGGGCAGCGAAGAGGAGAAAGAGAGGAGGUAGGAACACUUCAGAAUGCAUCCACUCAAUGAAGAACCUGGGUCAGGAGAGGCUGUUGCAGAGGAAGAGAAUUGUCAAGGGAUGAAAGACUGCAGGCAGGUGGACACCUUUUCCAAUAAUGAGGACAACUUAACAAAAUCAGAACUACAGCCUCAACUUCCAGAAGGAGAACAAGGAACAGAAAAAGAUCCUGCCAAUGAGCGACUGAAGUCGGAAAUUAUUAGGAAUGACUGUGGUAAUGGAGAACCAGCACCACAGAAGAGAGACAGCUCUGUGACCAACAUAUAUGAACAGAAUGAGGAAAAUAGAAAUGGUGACCAAAAGCCGGUGGCUGGCUCAUCCUGUGAACAAGCAAACAAACAAGGUGGUUUGAGAAUGACUAAAAAGAUACUGAGGGACCUCUGCAAACAGCAUAAAUUGUAUGUGACCCCAUCCUUGAACGACACCCUCUAUCUCCAUUACAAAGGAUUUGAUCGUUUGGAAAACCUGGAAGAAUAUACAGGAUUAAAGUGUUUGUGGCUGGAAUGCAAUGGCUUGACUAAGAUUGAGAACCUGGAUGCCCAGACGGAUUUGCGUUGCCUUUAUCUGCAGCUGAAUUUAAUACAUAAAAUUGAGAAUCUUGAACCCUUGGAAAAGCUGGACUCUCUCAACCUCAGCAACAAUUAUGUCAAGAGAAUUGAAAACCUCUCUUGUUUGAAAGUUCUGCACACUCUACAGAUCGCUCACAAUCAGCUGCAAACAGUUGAAGACAUACAACACUUACAGCAAUGCCCAAGUAUCAGUGUCCUUGACCUCUCUCACAAUAGGAUAGAUGAUCCAAACAUUUUAGAUGUCCUAGAGACCAUGCCUGAUUUGCGUGUAUUGAACUUAAUGGGAAAUGAAGUAAUAAAGAAAAUUCCUUAUUAUAGGAGGACGCUUACCAUCCGAUUAAAACAUCUGACAUAUUUGGAUGACAGGCCAGUGUUUCCAAAGGACAGAGCCUGUGCAGAAGCCUGGGCUAAGGGUGGCCGUGAAGCUGAACAAAGUGAAAGAGAAACAUGGGAAUCGAGAGAAAGGAAGAAGAUCCAAGACAGUAUUGAUGCUCUUGCUGCAAUCCGGCAAAAAGCUGAAGAGAAGAAAAGACAGUGGGAAACAGAAGAAAGAGAUGGAACAUCAGCUGACAGUGAAGGUGAGGAAAUCCCAUCUUCAAGCAGCAGCAAUGAGACGGACACUACAGGAAAGGACUCGUGUACUUUGGAAGUGUUGGAAACAAAGGAGAAGAUUGAUAAAUUUGUGAAGGACAGCAUGGAUGCCCACAAGGAGGCUGUGGCUGAAGGAGCAAUCUUAAGAGAUCAGUUGGGGAGACCAGAGAGUGGUCAUAGAGAGAUGUCAGUAGAUAAGAUGGCUACACCUGGACUUUUGCUCACUGAACUUCCUGACCCUGCAGAGAUAGAACAAAUUAAGUUGGAUGUACCAGAGAAACUUUUUCUUGAUGAGCUACCUGAUUUGGAAGAUGUAGAUAUCAGUGAAGUCUCACCAGGAGAGAUCUUCACUAGAAAGCCAAGUUCUCCAAAGAUUGAAGUGAUUUCCGAAGCAACUGAUGACAGAGACUGCAUAGUUGAAAGAAAUGCAGACACUUCUAGGAAUAUAGAGACAGAAGACAUCCCAAUCUCUAUCUUUUCAAACACAUGUAAGAUACCUGAAGUCUGUCCAAAGGAAGCCAUAGAACCCAUUUUAACAGACCUUCUAACACAAGAGGAAGUCUUGGAAGCCAAAGUACAACCAGCAAAACCGUUGAUCGAAGAGAUUCCAGGACCUUUGAAAAAAUUAACACAUGAUGAAGCAGAUGAAUUAAUCGCAGACAUUGUGGAAAACGGAGAGAGUCACAUUGUAUCUUCUUGCAUAGGGAAUAUCUCUGAAGCAGAUACAGAGCAGCGUACGCCUGAAAAUAAAUGAAGACCUGUUGUAUGAAUUUAUAAAACAGAAACCAAGAUAUUUCCUAUUCUUCAUUAGCAUUACUGCACCACAGCGGGUGCUGUAACCCCUGGCAUCAUUAGUCACAAAUGCUUUCUGUGACACUACUUGCAGGCAAGCAAAAGUCCAGUCUCUCUUCAAUAGUUGUGCCUUACACUUUUACCACACUGCUGUGAUCAAUGGCAGAGCAGGCAGUGCCAUGGUGCAGAUGGGGGCCUUAUCCAUUGGUCUUUCCAGGUGCUAAGCAACACGAGCUCACCCACAGUAUGCAUCUGUGAAAGUUCAAUGCCACCAAGUCAGGUAACCAACAUUUAAAGUAUGAAUUCAGUUUUCAGUCUAUUUUCUUUCAUCUGUUGAGAAAAGGUUGUUUAAUCAGUAGCAUCCAGCAAAAAUGAAGAUCAUUUAAGUCUCAUUAUUUUGGUGAGAGUUGAGCGCAUGCUUAACUUUCUCCCCCUGAAAUCACACAUUCUUCACUUUUGUUGGAUUCUGCUCUAAGUUUGUAGAAAGUCAUUACCAUUGUUUUGCUUAUUUUGGUUACAUGUUUACUUUUGUUUGUAAUUCAGUCUGAGUAAAUGAUUUUUCUCUCAG